GACUCAGUGAUUGUGGAGGAUGUGGCUGUGGACUUUACCCGGGAAGAGUGGGCUUUGCUGGAUCUUGCUCAGAGGAAACUCUACAGAGAUUAUACUUCAUCCCACAUUUUGGAUAAAAACUUUCCUAAGAGAGCUAUGCCUUAUGGAUGUAAGGAAUGUGGGAAAGCCUUUAGUCAGAUCUUACACCUCACGACACAUAUAAGAAUUCAUAGUGGAGAGAGAGUUUAUGAAUGUAAGGAAUGUGGGAAAGCAUUUAGUGAGGCCUCAUCACUCACAAAACAUACAAGAACUCACAGUAGAAAGAAGCCUUACGAAUGUAAGGAAUGUGGGAAAGCAUUUAGCUAUCCCUCACAAGUCACUAAACAUAUAAGAUCUCACAGUGGAGAGAGGCCUUAUGAAUGUAAAGAAUGUGGGAAAGCCUUUCGUCAGACCGCACACCUCAUGGUACAUAUGAGAGUUCACAGCGGAGAGAGACCUUAUGAAUGUAAGGAAUGUGGGAAAGCAUUUAGUGUAGAGUCAUCACUCACAAAACAUAUAAGAACUCACAGUGGAGAGAAGCCUUAUGAAUGUAAGGAAUGUGGGAAAGCGUUUGCUCAGGCCUCAUCCCUCAAUACACAUACAAGAAGUCACAGUGGAGAGAGACCUUAUGAAUGUAAGGAAUGUGGGAAAGCAUUUAGUGACGCUUCAUCACUCAGAAAACAUAUAAGAACUCACAGUGGAGAGAGGCCUUAUGAGUGUAAGGAAUGUGGGAAAGCCUUUAUUCGGGCCUCAUCCCUCAAAAAACAUGUAAGAACUCACAGUGGAGAGAGGCCUUAUGAGUGUAAGGAAUGUGGGAAAGCAUUUAGUGAUGCCUCAUCACUCACAAAACAUAUAAGAACUCACAGUGGAGAGAAGCCUUAUGAGUGUAAGGAAUGUGGGAAAGCCUUUACUCAGGCCUCAUCACUCAAUAAACAUGUAAAAACUCACAGUGGAGAGAGGACUUAUGAGUGUAAGGAAUGUGGGAAAGCCUUUAGUUAUUACUCAGACCUCAUUAAACAUAUAAGAUCUCACCGUGGAGAGAAGCCUUAUGAAUGUAAAGAAUGUGGAAAAGGCUUUAAGAGUUCCUCACACCUCACUUCACAUACAAAAACUCACAGGGGAGAAAAGCCUUAUGAAUGUAAGGAAUGUGGGAAAGCCUUUACUCAGGCCUCAUCUCUCAAUACACAUGUAAGAACUCACAGUGGAGAGAGGCCCUAUGAAUGCAAGGAAUGUGGAAAAGCCUUUAGUUGGGCCUCAUCCCUCACUGCACAUGUUAGAACUCACAGUGGAGAGAGGCCCUAUGAAUGCAAGGAAUGUGGGAAAGCCUUUAGUCGGUCAUCACAUCUCACUGUACACAUAAGAACUCACAGUGGAUUUAGGCCUUAGGAAUGUAAGGAGUGUGGGAAAGCCUUUAGUCGGGUCUCUGCCUUCAACAUACAUAUAAGAUCUCACAGUGAAGAGAGACCUUACCAAUGUAAGGAAUGUGGGAAAGCCUUUAUUCAGACCUCAUUUCUCAUUCAACAUACAAGAAUUCACAGUGGAGAGAGAAGCCUUAUAAAUGUAAGAAAACAUAUAAGAACUCACAGUGGAGAGAGGCCUUAUGAGUGUAAGGAACGUGGGAAAGCCUUUAUUCGGGCCUCAUCCGUCAAUAAACAUGUAAGAACUCACAGUGGAGAGAGGCCUUAUGAGUGUAAGGAAUGUGGGAAAGCCUUUAUUUGGGCCGCAUCCCUCAAUAAACAUGUAAGAACUCACAGUGGAGAGAGGCCUUAUGAGUGUAAGAAAUGUGGGAAAGCCUUUACUCGGGCCUCAUCCCUCAAUGUACAUGUAAGAGCUCACAGUGGAGAGAGGCCUUAUGAGUGUAAGGAAUGUGGAAAAGCCUUUAGUUAUUCCUCAAGCAUCAUUAAGCAUAUAAGAUCUCACUGUGGAGAGAAUCCUUUUGAAUGUAAGGAAUGUGGGAAAGCCUUUAAGAGUUCCUCACACCUCACUUCACAUACAAGAACUCACAGUGGAGAGAAGCCUUAUGAAUGUAAGGAAUGUGGGAAAGCCUUUAGUUGGGCCUCAUCCCUCAAAACACAUGUAAGAACUCACACUUGAGAGAGGCCCUAUGAAUGCCAGGAAUGUGGAAAAGCCUUUAUUCGGGCCUCAUACCUCACUGCACAUGUUAGAACUCACAGUGGAGAGAGGCCCUAUGAAUGUAAGGAAUGUGGGAAAGCCUUUAGUCGGUCAUCACUUCUCACUGUACACAUAAGAACUCACAGUGGAGAGAAGGCUUAUGAAUGUAAGGAAUGUGGGAAAGCGUUUACAUCUUCCUCGUAUCUCACUAUACAUAUAAGAUUUCACAGUGGAGAGGGACCUUAUGAAUGUAAGGAAUGUGGGAAAGCAUUUAGUGAUGCCUCAUCACUCAGAAAACAUAUAAGAACUCACAGUGGAGAGAGGCCUUAUGAGUGUAAGGAAUGUGGGAAAGCCUUUAUUCGGGCCUCAUCCCUCAAUAAACAUUUUAAGAACUCAUUGGAUGGUGGGGAUGUGUCAGUGAAACAGGACGACUUCUUCCCCUAUGCCGAUGGCCCCCACCAGUUCCGGACUGGCUACUUCACCAGCCGGCGAGCCCUUAAACGCUACGAGCGCUUCAGCUACAACUUCCUGCAGGUAGGAGGGUGA